CAAAUUCAGUUUAUCAGGUAUGUAUAAAUUAACUUGACCCUUCUAAACCCCCGCCCAUUUUAGCUUCUCCAAGGUUCUGAAACUAAAAAAAACAAAAAUUAAAAACCCUAACAUUUGUUGAAAAAUUCAAAUUGAUCGAUAAAGCUUACACAGUGAUGGAGAGAAUUAUCAAACCCUUGCCGGAGUCCGUGCGCAAUUCAAUGCGCUCUGGAACAAUAGUGUUUGAUUUGACACGUGUGGUUGAGGAGCUGGUUUUUAAUAGCUUGGAUGCUGGUGCUACUAAGGUUUUGGUGUAUGUAGGUGUUGGGACAUGCUAUGUUAAAGUUGUAGAUGAUGGAUGCGGUAUUGCUCGAGAUGGACUGGUUUUGCUGGGAAAAAGAUACGUGACAUCAAAGCUUCAUCAAUUGGCUGAUAUGGAUAAUGCUAAUGUGAGCUUUGGCUUCCGGGGAGAAGCAUUGGCAUCUAUUUCUGAUGUCUCCUUGUUAGAAAUUAUAACAAAAGCUCGAGGCUCGCCAAAUGGAUAUCGUGAAGUUUUGAAGGGCUCAAAAUGUUUGUAUCUUGGAGUAAAUGAUGACAGGAAAGAUGUGGGCACUACAGUUAUUGUUCGUGAUCUAUUUUACAACCAACCUGUUAGGAGAAAGUGUAUGCAAUCAAGCCUUAAGAAAGUAUUGGACUCUGUCAAAAAGUGUGUACUUCGAAUUGCGUUUGUGAAUUCAAAGGUUUCCUUCAAAGUUAGUGACAUUGAGAGUGACGAGGAGCUUCUUUAUACACGUCCUUCUUCUACAUUGUCACUAUUAAUGAGUGGCUUUGGCAUUGAGGAUUCCAGCUUACUUCAUAAAUUAGACAUCAGAUCUGGCUCAUUAAAGCUUUCUGGACAUAUAUCCGGUCCUUGCGAUAGUUCAACAGUCAAGGCUUUCCAAUAUGUUUAUAUCAACUCACGGUUUGUAUGCAAAGGUCAAAUACAUAAAUUGCUUAAUCACUUGGCCACUAAGUUUGAGCAUCUUGAUCCUUUGAAAGAUAAUAGCAUGCCUCAAAGAGGAAAGAAAUGGAGGACUCAAGCUUGUCCGGCAUACAUUCUAAAUCUUAGUUGCCCUUUGGCUCUCUAUGACUUAGCCUUUGAACCAUCAAAGACACAUGUUGAAUUCAAGGAUUGGAUUCCUAUACUUGAUUUUAUUGAGAAUUCCAUUCAACAACUUUGGACAGGAAAUAUGACUUAUGGGAAGUUGCUGGGUGAUGAAACUAGUUUAUGCAGGCCAGAUGAAAUUUGGGAAGAAGAUAUGAUACAUAAUCAUGAGUUUAAAAUUAAAAGGCACGAGACUGAAAGAAACAAGUCCUCUCAUCACCUUUCUUCUCCCCAAUUUAAGAUGUUAACUGAAAAGGUCGAUCAUAGUUACUAUGAGAAGAGCGACAUUAUUCCGUUUCAAGAGUUUUCUACGAAAACUUUGGAGUUCAAAGAACCAGAACUUGAUACUGAGUUUUCCCAUCACAAACUCUAUUCUAUGCAGUCACUGGAUUGCGCCAUUUCCAAGAAUCUCUUCACAUCUUAUGACAACUAUUUCUCUGAAGAUAAAGCCACUGGUAUACAGAGAUCCAGUAAUCAUGUAGAUGGCCAUAUCUUGGGCUUAGAAUGGAAAAAUGACUCCACUAAGCUUAGAUCUCUUGAAAUAGAUGAUUCUUUAGAGAGCGCCUUUCCAAAGUUUCAUCCUAGCUUUGGUAAUGAAUUAGAGGUGAACAAGAACAACGAGAAACCUUUUUUGCAAAGUUGCUCCUCCCGAAAAAACCUGCCACUUGAUGGGUUUUUGUUUUCAAAGGAGGAAGAUCCUGAAUCAAUAGUUGAUGGGUUCAAGACCAAAAGAAGGCGCAUUUGCAGGGAUGAAAGUGUUGACAUCCUAAAGGUUGAUGCCAAAAACUACAGAUUGAAUAUGCUUCCUAUUCUGAAGCAGCAGGAGGAAUCACAUUUACAGAAGUUUUCUGCAUGUAGCAUUGGAAUCGACUUGCCCUCAGAUUUUUAUAAUUUAUCUGAAGCUUCAGAAAAGUCUUCUUCUCCUCCUGGAAAGCUAUGUGCUGCUGAGAAAGGUCUUGGAUCUGAUUUUCUGGUACAUAUUAAUAAUUCUUGCUCAGGCUGCAAGUCCUUGAAUUCAGAAUGGCGUUUACCAUCUUCUGAUACCUUUUUUCCAGCCUUGUCUUGGGAUGAUUAUUUCCCAGAUGACGACACACAUGAAGGAAGUGGCAAUCUGGGUAAAAAUACAAAUUAUAGGCAUUUUGCCGAUAAUCAAGGAAGUAAUUGCGGCUUUAGUUACAACUUGAGGUCAAAAUGCUCUGGCCAAGAUAAUUUCUGCUCCCGCCAUACAAGUACUUCCUUUGAUUUUAAGGAGUACGCUGGUACUAGCACUGCAAUGGAUCUUAGUGACUGUCCUGUCAUUGGUAGAGAUAUUUGCAAGUUCCUCCAAGAACCCAAUGUACAUGAUGAAUUAUCUCUAAAACAUUCAAAUAUAUCACUUCCAAAGACUGAAUGGUUAUACCCAAAUUUCCAUUCUAGAGGUCACGAAAGCGAUGAUAAGUAUGAAAGUAAAGAAAACCAUUCUAAAUUUCAAGCUAGGGAACAUAGUAGUUUCCCUAAAAAACCUUCCGGAAGAAGUCAAUCAGCUCCACCAUUUUACAGACACAAGAGAAGAUUUGUUUCCUUAAGUCAUCAUUCUAUGUGGAAAGAGGGAAAUGCUCAUGAAGACCUUAUUUCUCCAGAAACCAAUGAUGUGAAGCAUUUAAAUUCUCAACCAAAUUUCAAAGAGGAUUUAAUGUUGACCACCAGAAAAGGCACUGAAAUGGACACAAAAGAGAUUACAGAAGGUGAAAUCUUAAAGCACUCUCAAAUUCCUGGGUUUGAUACAGCUGAAGGCCUCAAUUCAAAGGAAAUCCAUGGAUCUGCAGAUUAUGGGAGCAAAUGGCGAGAAGGAUGUCAACAAAUUACAAAUAAUGAUGCAUCAAACACAAUUGAUAACCAGCACAAUAUACUAGACAUCUAUUCAGGAUUUUUGUAUCUUGCUGGUAAUUCCUUAGUACCAGAAUCCUUACAUAAGAAUUGCCUCGAGGAUGCCAAAGUUCUUCAACAGGUGGACAAGAAAUUCAUACCAAUUGUGGCCAGUCGCACACUUGCUAUUAUAGACCAGCAUGCUGCUGAUGAAAGAAUACGGUUGGAAGAACUUCGCGACAAGGUAUUAUCUGGGGAGGCAAGGACAGUUUCCUACUUGGAUGAUGAAAAAGAGCUGGUCCUUCCAGAGAUAGGGCAUCAGCUUCUUCAAAAUUAUGGUGCACAAAUAAGAGACUGGGGAUGGAUAUGCAACAUCCAGGCUCGUUCUGGUAGCUUUAAGAAGAAUUUGAAUAUUCUCCAUCAGCAACCUACUGUGGUCACUCUUCUUGCGGUACCAUGCAUUUUAGGUGUCAAUUUAUCUGAAGAAGACCUACUAGAAUUUCUUCAGCAGCUUGCAGAUACAGAUGGCUCUUCUGCAAUGCCACAAUCUGUUCUUCGUGUCCUAAAUUUUAAAGCAUGCAGGGGUGCAAUCAUGUUUGGAGAUUCUUUGCUACCAUCAGAAUGUGCACUCAUCGUUGAGGAACUAAAGCAGACUUCACUUUGUUUUCAGUGUGCUCAUGGGCGACCAACUAUUGUACCACUAGUCAACCUGGAGGAACUUCAUAAGCAGAUAGCUAAACUUGCAGUUAUAAAUCGUUCAAGUGAGGUGUGGCGUGGAUUGCGACGACACGAGCUUAGUUUUGAACGUGCAGCACAGCGGUUAAGCUCUGCUAGAAGUUAGUAUUGAUGAGAAAGCAGCUGCCUUUGGAGAAUCAUUGGUUGCUGCUACAAUUUUGUUAACCGGUGUUUAGCUCGGUCGCAGCAAUAAUCAAUACACGUUACACGCUAACGGGUAGAUCACACAAUGGUGUGUGCUUAGGACGAUAUUAUAUUUGUACAAAAAGGAUUUACAUUUACUGGCAAAUUCCACAUUUGUCGCUGCAAUGAAAUCUCAUUUGCUGUUUUUUU